AUGGUGAAGGUGAAGGCCAGAGUCGACAGAUUUGGUCUUGUUGGGCGUCUGGUCACCAGGGCUGCUUUUAACUCUGCUAAAGUGGAUAUUGUGGCUAUCAAUGACCCCUUCAUUGACCUCAACUACAUAGUGUACAUGUUCCAGUAUGGUUCUACCGAUGGCAAAUUCCAUGGCACUGUCAAGGCUGAAAACGGGAAGCUUGUCAUCACUGGCAAUCUCAUCACCAUCUUCCAGGAGCGAGACCCCUCCAAAAUCAAAUGGGGUGAUGCUGGCACUGAGUACGUUGUGGAAUCCACCAGCAUCUUCACCAACCAUCUGAUCUUCAACAAACUUUACAAAAAUGAGCAAUGGGGAAAGGAUUCCCUAUUUAAUAAAUGGUGCUGGGAGUGCUGUCUAGCGAUAUGCAGAAAAAUGAAAAUAGACCCCUUCCUUUCACCAUAUAUAGUAUUAACUCAAGAUGGAUUAAAGACUUAAAUGUAAAACUCAAAACUAUAAAAACUUUAGAAGAAAAUCUAGGCAAUGCCAUUCAGGACAUAGGCACAGGCAAAGAUUUCAUAAUGAAAACACCAAAAGCAAUUGCAACUAAAGCAAAAAUUGACAAAUGAGAUCUAAUUAAAAAGAGCUUCUGUACAGCAAAAGAAACCAUCAUCAGAGUGAACAAACAACCUACAGAUUGGGAGAAAAUUCUUGCAAUCUAUCCAUCUGACAAAGGUCUAAUAUCCAGAGUCUACAAGGAACUUGAACAAAUUUGUAAGAAACAAACAACCCCAUUAAAAAGUGAGCGAAGAACAUGAACAGACACUUCUCAAAAGAAGACAUACAUGUAGCCAACAAACAUAUGAAAAAAACCUCAACAUCACUGAUCAUUAGAGAUAUGCAAAUCAAAACCACAGUAAGAUACCAUCUUAUGCCAGUGAAAAUGGCUACUAUUACAAAGUUAAAACAAAACAGA